AUGUGGAGGUUUCUUUUAGUCACACUACUGCUGCCGCUGUUGCAGCCCAGCAAUGGCGCCCAACUGCAUGAGUUACUGUUGCAGAAGUUUGCGACCCACCUAGAGAGUGUUGCCAAUUUAGAGGAACCCUCGCCCUACAUUAUCGGCGGUUACAAUGUGCAGGGCGUGGACAAUGCACCCUAUCUAGUGUCGCUAAGUAUUUCGUCAUUGGCUUACGCGCACGCAUGUGGUGGUGCGAUUAUUGCCAAGCGUUGGGUACUGACCACCGGCCACUGUGUACAGGAGCUGCGUGAUUUUAGUGGUGACAUUGUGGGCACAGCCAUCUAUGCAGGCAUCAAGAAUCGAGCGAAUAUCUCUGAGGCCCAGGUGCGUUAUGUGGACUUUGCUUCGACGCAUCGAAACUUCAAUGGCAACGCGGGUAGCGACAACAUUGCUUUGCUUCAUGUCUCCGAAUCCUUUGUCUACACGGCUCGUGUGCAGCAAGUGGCACUACCAGAUAUAAAAGAUGACUACAGCGACCUACUCGGCACCGUCUAUGGCUGGGGUCUGACCGAUGCCAAUGCCGAUGAGUACUCGAAGGAUCUUCAAUACGCGUUUGCGCCCAUUCUGAAUAGCACGAGUUGCGCAAAGCUGCUGCCCGCCGAUGCGCCCCUCAAUGACCGCCAACUGUGUGCAGAGGUCACGACCUGCCUGGGCGAUGGCGGAUCACCUUUGGUCUAUUGGCCCAUCACUGGACCGCCCGAGCUGGUCGCACUGGGCUCAUGGAGCUACAUGCCGUGUGGCUAUGCGAACAGGCCCUCGGUCUUCACUUCGGUCCCGGCCUAUGUAGAUUGGAUCUUUCAAGUGAUUAGCGCCUAUUACCAGCUGAACUGAUGAAGGUCGCUGAUGGCUGAAAUGUAUCAG